AUGGCAUCGAUUGAUACUGGAUCAAGUUGUUUCACUGAGUGUCUUGGCAGUAUAAUCGAUCAAAUGUGCCGUAAAUCAUCUUAUUCAAAUGCUGUUAAACUUAUCAAUGCAAAUUAUUCAAAUGAAAAUGAAACACAAAGUUUUACUCAUCGAGUUGUAUCAGUUUUGAAAGGAAAACUCAUACCGUAUAGUUUAAGAAGAUUUUUAUGGCCACUGGCAUUAUUUACAGUAGCUGAAAGGACUAGAUCAGAAUUUGAAAAUCCAAUUAAUUGGGAUGGACAUAAAAUGAGAGAAUUAGAAACUUCUGCUCGAAAAAACUUUGGUGUUUUGUUGGCGUCUGGAACUGCAAAACUUGGAUUAACCACCCCAACUUGUUCAAAGUAUAACGACAUAAUUAGAAAAACUGUGAAAGAGAUAACUCUAGAACUUCAAUUGAAAUUCAAAAAUCAACAAAAACAAUUUAGGCGAUUUAGUGAACAGUCAAUAAAAAUUUUAAAUGUAUUCUAUACAGCUAAACAAAUCUAUGAUCCUUUAUACAUUUAUUGGCUGCUUCCAAUUCAUUUUGCAUUGAACAAAGAUUAUAUGCAUGAAUUAAUUAAACAUUUCCCCGACAUACCAUCAAAUAAUUCGAUCAACUCAACUGAUGAAGGUGUACAAAUCUAUUCAUUCAGUUUGUGCCUGAGUUUAUUUAUUGAUAUAAUGAAUAAAAAAUAUGGACUAUAUCAUACUCAUAUUAAUAAUAUGAUAGUAAAGACAAUAAACAAUAUGAAUAAACUUCAAUGUGUUCAACAUAUUCGCAUAGUUCACAAAGAAUUUAUUCUCAAAAAUUCUAACACUGAUUCUAGCAAAAGUUUGGAAUUUGAAGAGGUAUUUCAAAGUCAAAUGAUGAAGGUGAAUGAUUUCGAUACCGGUGGAAAAUCGAAUGCAGUAAAUGAAAGUGAAAACUCAUAUCUUCACAGAUUUUUAAAACAAUGGUUCAAUAAACUAUUUGUUGGCAUUGUAAAUAGUAUAGCUCUAAUGUUCUUUUGGGAUCAAUUAAUUCUGAAUUCAUUCAACUGUGAUGUCAUGAUUGAAUUUGCUGAAACACUUAUCGUAUUACUUGGCUCAGAUAUUUUACAAGUUAACAAUCUCAUUGAUAUGGAACAACUAUUCAAGCAUGGACCGAAUGAACUUCUAACAAAAGACAUAAUUCAAACAUGGAAUAUGAUUCAUUUAAAUAAAGUUUUAGAUGAUAAAUACUACAAAUUAAAUAGACUUUCUGGUAGUUUUAAAACCAAUUUAAUGGAAGUUUUCAAAUCAGUCCUAUUUUUUAACCUGUUGAAAUCUGUCACUACUCAUACACUUGAUUAUAGAUCAAUAACAAAAGAAAUACAAGAAACAUCAAAGAAAGAUGUUAAUUUUUAUCUACAAGAAUUCACUAUACAUAAUAUAAUUGUAACAACAGUGACGGAUUCAAGAAAAAUUUUAUCCACUGAUUUAUUUCGUGUACAAUUUGAUUAUUUUGUUGAAAAUGAAAUAAAACAAAGUUGUUUAACUGAAUCUAAACCAACAAUUAUAUUUCAUGGUAAACUAUCAACAAUCUAUGAUAAUUUAAAUCAUGUUUAUUCUUCUGAUGAAGAUUAUUGUAAAAAUAAAACUUAUUCCAUGACAAAUUAUUCUUAUCCGCCAUUUAUACAAACACAAUCACAAAUGUAUAUUACCAUGUUUCAAUUCAAUAUGGAACAAUCUUUGAAGUUUAUGAUUUAUCCAUAUAAAUUAUGGGCAAGAGAGGUGAUCAAUCCAAUUGAACAAGGUACUUAUCCAGAAAUAUCAUAUGAUCCUGCAUGGACAUUGAAUUAUCUGUUAAUUCCAUUCAAUUAUUUAUUCUAUCAUUUCUACUCAUUGCCAAUCAUAGAAACAGAUGACCGCAUAGCACCUCAACUUCUACAUGGAUCACGAAUCUCACUCAGAGUUUAUAAUCCCAAUCUUGAAGCUGUACCAAAAGUUUUACAGCAACCAGUUAUCUACAUAACCAGAUCAAUUCAAACUAAAGUGUUAUAUAAAGAAACAAUAGGUCAGGUAGAUGAGGAACAGAUUGAAGAAGAACAAAUUGAAGAAAAGGAUAUUGAAGAUAUUGAAGAAUUAAGUCCACCAGCUACUCCAAUCAAUGAUCCAUGGGUACCUUUCAAAAAACUUGCACCAUAUGAAAGAUUAAUGAAACCAUCUUCAACAUCGGAACCUUUCUGUAUUUACAUAGAUCAACUACGCUUCAUGCCAGAUAACUCUACAAUUUUUAAGGUAACAGGUCGAUUACUAAACACAAAAUAUGACGAAGAACUAUUGGAUAUUUUAAUUGUACCAGAAGAGAACAUGGAUAAAAAAGAAACUAGUAGAUCUCCAGUUUUUUCUCCAAAUCAACGUUUUAUUGUUAACCUUAAUCAAAAUAAAACUUUAUCUCAGAAUUCUCUAUUAUUUCUACGAGUAUAUACCCUUACACUGACAAGUUUAGAAUAUGUAGUUGUUGGAAAUGUUCUACUAAAGGUGUUCAAUUCAAAUGGUUUGCUUAAUAUUGGUGGACAUCAACUUCGAUUAAGAUGUGAAGUACCUAAACCUAUCGCUCAAAAUACCAAUACUGAUGAAGUCUUUUAUCAAGCAGAUUCAUUAGACAAUGUGCCAUAUAUACAGUGUUCAACAAUUCUUAUUCGUCUCUUACCUUAUACAGAGGAACCUUUACCCUCAUUGGAAUAUAGAUUCAGAUCAUAUCGUUCAAUUGAAUCUACUCCAACAAAUUUUGAAUGGGUUGUAUAUCGUCAAUUUGAGUCUGAUGAAAAUAGGAAAACAGAUAUACGCAGUGUAGUGAAAAUGAUUUUACGACGAGAAGGUGAAUUCGAUAGUUCUGCAGAACGAAAUGAUUUCUUAACUCCUGAAUAUCUAAAUCGAUAUUUACUUCAAAGAUUAUCAAUUAAACGAAAUACAACCAAAAAUGGUAUACCAAAACAAAUGAUUUCAGCGUUUCCAUUUUUCUAUCGUAUAAAUGAUGGUUUUCUUUUGAGUUUAAAGAAUGCCGAAGGCUUGGCAGUAAAUGAAGGUGAUUAUAUUUUUGGAUUGGCUAAAGUUAUACGAGGCUCUAACACUAAACUUACGCCGGAAAAUAAAUUUUAUGGUUUUGGCAGUGAUGAUGACUUGUUAUUUGACAGAUUUGAUUCAACGACGUCUCUUGAAAAUCCCAUAUGGGAAGAUCCACCUCAACUAACUAAACCAUACUAUGAUUCGGAUGCAUUAUUAAUCAUACAAAUAUUUAGAGUACCGUUAGUAUUCACUAUCGGUGGAUCAAUAAAUAUAACCAAAUCAGGCAAUUGGUUCGCUCCACCAAUGGUUUCUCGAAAUGUGAACAAACGACAAAUCAUCAAAUUACAAAGGAUGCAUUUACUUGGUUGGUCAUUCUUACGUCCAUUUGAAUGGGGCUUCUUACGUAAUGGAACGCAUAAACUUUAUCUUUUCAAACCUCCAAUUCGUUUACGAACACUAAAUAAAAUACAAACAAAAGAUGAAGAAAAUUCAAUUAUGCUCAAUUCAGAUAAUUUUCUGGAAAAUGCAAGUCUCACUAUACAAUUACAAAGUGGUCGUUUCCUUGAUUUUCCUGAAGAAUUAAAAACAGAUCAGCAAUCAUAUUAUUCCCAAAUCUUAAACAAUGAACAUGAUACAGUAAAUGAAUACAAAAAUACUAUUGAACAAAUGAAAGAGUUAAAUAAGAUGAAUUUAAAUUCAAUGGCAGAAUUCAGAGCUAAAACCGAUACAAAUUGGCUUCAACAAGGAGAAAACGGAAGUGAUAAACUUUAUGCAGAAAUACAUGAGUUUCUCAAGAAUGAAGUGAUAACUCUAGAACUUCAAUUGAAAUUCAAAAAUCAACAAAAACAAUAUAGGCGAUUUAGUGAACAGUCAAUAAAAAUUUUAAAUGUAUUCUAUACAGCUAAACAAAUCUAUGAUCCUUUAUACAUUUAUUGGCUGCUUCCAAUUCAUUUUGCAUUGAACAAAGAUUAUAUGCAUGAAUUAAUUAAACAUUUCCCCGAUAUACCAUCAAAAGAUUCCAUCAAUUCAACUGAUGAAGGUGUACAAAUCUAUUCAUUCGGUUUGUGUCUGAGUUUAUUUGUUGAUAUAAUGAAUAGAAAAUAUGGAUUAUAUCAUACUCAUAUUAAUAAUAUGAUAGUAAAGGCAAUAAACAAUAUGCAUAAACUUCAAUGUGUUCAACAUAUUCGCAUAGUUCACAAAGAAUUUAUUCUCAAAAAUUCUAACACUGAUUCUAGCAAAAAUUUAGAAUUUGAAGAGGUAUUUCAAAGUCAAAUGAUGAACGUGAAUGAUUUCGAUACCGGUGGAAAAUCGAAUACAGUAUAUGAAAGUGAAAACUCAUAUCUUCACAGAUUUUUAAAACAAUGGUUCAAUAAACUAUUUGUUGGCAUUGUAAAUACUAUAGCUCUAAUGUUCUUUUGGGAUCAAUUAAUUCUGAAUUCAUUCAACUGUGAUGUCAUGAUUGAAUUUGCUGAAACACUUAUCGUAUUACUUGGCUCAGAUAUUUUACAAGUUAACAAUCUCAGUGAUAUGGAACAACUAUUCAAGCAUGGACCGAAUGAACUUCUAACAAAAGACAUAAUUCAAACAUGGAAUAUGAUUCAUUUAGAUAAAGUUUUAGAUGAUAAAUACUACAAAUUAAAUAGACUUUCUGGUAAAUUAAUAUCAAUAACAAAAGAAAUACAAGAAACAUCAAAGAAAGAUGUUAAUUUUUAUCUACAAGAAUUCACUAUACAUAAUAUAAUUGUAACAACUGUGACGGAUUCAAGAAAAAAAAAUGCUUUUCUAUUUCCACCUCGAUAA